GCUUCUCAGGUGCUCUGGUCCCCAGUGGGCGGGGAGUUGGCCUCCCGGCUCCUGUUCACCGUGUCCCCCUCGCUCCUCCCACAGGUGAAAGCCAACGACUCGGAUCAGGGCGCCAAUGCGGAGAUCGACUACUCCUUCCACCAGGCCUCGGACGUGGUGCGUCGCCUGCUGCGUCUGGACAGGGCCACGGGCCUCAUCACCGUGCAGGGGCCCAUUGACCGGGAGGAUGUCAACAUCCUCAAGUUCUCCGUCUUGGCCAAGGACAAGGGGGCCAACCCCAAGAGCGCCCGCACCCAGGUGGUGGUGACCAUCAAGGACAUGAAUGACAAUGCCCCCUCCAUCGAGAUCCGGGGCAUUGGCCUGGUCACCCAUCAGGAUGGCAUGGCCAACAUCUCCGAGGAUGUGCCCGUGGAGACGGCUGUGGCGCUGGUUCAGGUGUCUGACCGGGACGAGGGCGAAAAUGCGGUGGUCACCUGUGUGGUGGCUGGCGACGUCCCGUUCCAGCUGAGGCAGGCCAGCGAAACGGGCAGCGAUAGCAAGAAGAAGUACUUCCUGCAGACCACCACGCCGCUGGACUACGAGGCGGUGAAGGAGUACACCAUUGAGAUUGUGGCCGUGGACUCGGGGAACCCGCCCCUCUCCAGCACCAACUCCCUCAAGGUGCAGGUGGUGGAUGUGAACGACAACGCCCCGGUCUUCAGCCAGAGCCUCACCGAGGUGGCCUUCCCUGAGAACAACGCUCCCGAUGACCUGGUGGUGGAGGUGAGCGCCAGUGACGCGGACAGCGGCUCCAAUGCCAAGCUGGUUUACUCCCUGGUGGUGGACCCCUCCUCCAAGGGCUUCUUCUCCAUCGACCCCGAGUCGGGCGAGAUCCGCGUGAAGACGGUGCUGGACCGGGAGCAGAGGGAGCGCUACGAGUUCCUGGUGGUUCUCAAGGGCACCGCCUCUGUGGCCAUCAACGUCAUGGACAGGAACGACAACGACCCCAAGUUUAUGCUGAGCAGCUACAACUUCUCGGUGAUGGAGAACAUGCCGCCUCUGAGCCCGGUGGGCAUGGUGACGGUGAUUGACGCCGACAAGGGGGACAACGCCCGCAUUCAGCUGUCGGUGGAGCAGGACAACGGGGACUUUGUCAUCCAGAAUGGCACCGGCACCAUCCUCUCCAGCAUCUCCUUUGACCGGGAGCAGCAGAGCACCUACACCUUUCGGCUCAAGGCGGUGGAUGGCGGGGACCCUCCCAGAUCCGCCUACGUGGGGGUGACUAUCAACGUGCUGGAUGAGAAUGACAACGCCCCCUUCAUCACCUCCCCUUCCAACGCCUCCUACAAGCACCUUCUGCCCCACACCAGCCCUGGGCAGCAGGUCAGCAGGGCAGCCGAGCUGUCCUACAGCAUCACGGGGGGCAACCCCUUUGAGCUGUUCCAGAUAUCGCCGCAGAGCGGGGACAUCACGCUGGAGAAGGAGAUCCUGCGCAAGCACCACGGUCUGCACCGCUUGGUGGUGCGAGUCAACGACCGGGGCAAGCCCUCGCGCCACGGCACCGCGCUGGUGCACUUCUACGUCAACGAGACCCUGGCCAAUCGCACGCUGCUGGAGACCCUGCUGGGGCACAGCCUGGACACGCCCUUGGACAUUGACAUCGCCGGCGACCCCGAGUACGAGCGCAGCAAGCAGCGCAGCAACAUCCUCUUCGGCGUCAUCGCCGGCAUCGUGGCCGUCACCCUGGUCAUCGUGCUGGUGGUGCUGGUGCGCUACCAGGCCGGAAAGAAGGAGACCAAGGACCUGUAUGCCCCCAAGCAGGGCAGCAAAGGCGGCAAGGGCAAGGGCAAGGGCAAGAAGAGCAAGUCCCCCCAGGUGGUGCAGGACCUGCCUGCUGCUAACACCUUUGUGGGCACGGGGGACAGCAACUCCACGGGCUCGGAGCAGUACUCGGACUACAGCUACCGCACCAACCCCCCGAAAUACACCAACAAGCAGGUAGGAGAGCUCGUCCUGAGCCCGCCGGACGCCCCCCAUCUGCACCGGGGCCAGGUGGUGCAGGACCUGCCUGCUGCUAACACCUUUGUGGGCACGGGGGACAGCAACUCCACGGGCUCGGAGCAGUACUCGGACUACAGCUACCGCACCAACCCCCCGAAAUACACCAACAAGCAGGUAGGAGAGCUCGUCCUGAGCCCGCCGGACGCCCCCCAUCUGCACCGGGGCGCCAUCUGGACAGAGGUGUGGGAGUGAGCAUGGACCCAGCCGGGCCUGGGGGGCUGGCCGAGGACUCAUGGAGCAGCUAGCCUGGCUGGAUCCUGGGCAGGGCGG